AUGAGCAAUAUCCUCAAGUCCAAAGCUGUUGCAGUUAUUACCGGAGCAGCCUCUGGGUUGGGCCUGGCAGCGGCUCGCACCUUCGCUCAGAAGGGCAUGGUCGUUUGUCUUGUGGACGCUUCCAGUACCGUGAAAGACGUCGCCGCGGGACUGCGCAAGGAGUUUAGUCACACAGAGAUACAUGCCAUGGAGGUCGACGUGUCCAACCUGCAAGACGUCACCGCUCUCCGCGACACGGUCUUCAAAGAGUGUGGCAGCGUUCACGUGCUGAUGAACAAUGCCGGUAUUGGCCGAGAAUGCCCCGCCAUGCCCGCAGACGGCCAGUCAUUCGACGAGUAUCUUGCUCAAUGGCAAGCGGUGAUCGACGUCAACGUGUGGGGCGUAGUCUACAUGUCAAUGCUCUUUGGGCCAGUCAUGCGUUCUCAGAAGGAGCAGAGCGUCAUCAUUAACACGGGAAGCAAGCAAGGCAUUACCUGCCCCCCUGGAAAUGCUGGAUACAAUGUCAGCAAAGCCGUUGUCAAGACAUACACUGAGCAACUCGCCCAUGAGCUCCGCAACUACCCGUCGUCAUUGUGCUCGGCACACUUGUUCAUUCCAGGGUGGGCUUACACCGCCAUGAACGGUAACGGCCGAGAGGGGAUGACAAAGCCUGACGGCGCAUGGACCGCCGAGCAGACUGUCGAUUACAUGAUUGACAAGGUCUUUAACCACGGCGACUUUUACGCUCUUUGUCCAGACAACGAGACUACGACAGCAAUCGAUCACGCGCGCAUAGAGUGGUCUCUGGGCGAUAUCAUCGAAAACAGGCCAGCGCUCUCGCGAUGGCAUCCUGAAUAUGAGAAACAAUUCGCGGAAUUCCUCCAGAAGAAGGUCCCAAAUCACUGA